UCGCCUCACCAGCAGAAUCGGAAUCUCUCUCCCCGUCGGAUUCAGUUCUGCCAGUAAAACAGAAGAUGAAGGUGAAGAAAGGUUGGCUUGCUGUUCAGGUGGGUCUGGCCGACGAAGAUGGCAUUCCCCAGAGAUUCGUCAUCCCUAUUUCUUAUCUUUAUCAUCCUCUCGUCGUCCGCCUUCUCGACAGGGCUCACGAGGUCUACGGCUACCACACCGACGGCCCCCUCAGGCUUCCCUGCUCCAUCGACGACUUCCUCCAUCUCCGGUGGCGGAUCGAGAAAGAGUCCGCUCCAACCCACCGCCACUUCCAUCACCACCACCAUCACAACCACCACCACCACCUCUCCCACGCUUUGUCUUUCCACUCUUGUUAAUCCCUCCUUCUUCCUUCUUCUUGUUAUUUGUUAAUAAUUAACCAGGAAAAGAGCGACUUUUUUUAAGGGAUGAUGCUCUGUACUUUAGGAAGGCUGCAUUAGAGCCGUGAUUGAUGCUCUCUGCUUCCAAAACCAAUUUGCAACAAGCAGAACAAGUGUCUGUUUAGCGUGUUAGUUCGUGUAUUCUGUCCGCUAUGGAAUGGUCUAAUCCAAUUUGGAAAUUGAAUCUGCAAUGUAUAAAUUAAUGGUUAGAGAAUGAGACUGAGUGCGUUGAGUUACAAGCGUGUAUGGAAAGUCGAUCGGAGUAUUGGGAUCGGAGGGAUUCAAGAAUCAAGAGCGUAACGCAAUUUAAAGUUCAAUUUAAUUGCAUCCCAUCGUUAAGGGUUUGCUCAUUA